UAUCGAUCCGCUGGGACCGACAGGCUGCAGCGUGGAGCUGAUUUCGGGGGAUUUCGGAGGGAUUUCACGGAGAGAGACUCAUGGCCACAGCAGACACGACGCUGGGAGGGUCUGAAGAGUCGAGUUUGCAGUCCGAGGAGUCGGUGAGGAGGUCAGAGGAGUCCAGGCUGGGGUCAGAGGAGUCCAGGAUGAAGUCGUCCGGCCUCGUGGGCUCCUGGGAGUCGGAGCUGACCUGCAUCAAGCACUCCCUGAAGUUCGUGUUGAAGCUGAAGGAGGAGUUUGUUUGUCCCAUCUGCAGAGGAGUCGUUCUCAACCCCCAGCAGAACUCCUGUGGACACAUCUACUGCUUCCACUGCCUCCAAGGACUACUGGAGAGUUCAUCACCGUCCAGCCCAGUUUGUCCAGUGGACAGAGCUGUGAUCACACCAGCUGAGGUUUUCCAGGAUAACUGCUGCAAACGAGAAAUCUCCAGUUUAGAAGUGUUCUGCACAAACUCCCCAGAAUGCACCUCUGUCACCACGUUAAACCACCUGCAGGAGCACCUGAGGUCGUGUCAGUACGAGCUGCUGCAGUGCACCAAUUCAGGCUGCAGGGCGUUGCUACAGAGGAGAUACCUGCAGGAACACCUGACCGACGACUGUCCUCACCGCAUGGAGCCCUGCCCACACUGCAGGCAACCGCACUGCCUCAGCCUUAUCCAGGAUCACGUGCAGAGCUCGUGUCCAGAUGUGGAGGUGGACUGUCCCAACAGCUGCUCCCAGAAGGUUCCCAGACACAAGCUGACGGAGCACGGAGAGUCGUGUCCUGAGGUUCACGUCGAAUGUUCCUAUAAGAAGUUUGGCUGCCCUGUACAGGAUAAACGAGGGAAAGUGAAACUGCACGAAGAUGCUGCUGUCAAUCAUCACAUACUGCUGGUGCUGAGGAGUAACACCAACCUGGAACAACAGGUGGGGGUUCUCCAGGAGGAGGCGCUGCUGAGGCAGCAGGAGGUCCAGGCAGACAAUUUACUGCUCACUGAUCUGCAGAAGAAAAUCAGACCGCUGCUGCAGCAGAGCAGCUGCCACGAACACGUCAUCUCUACAGCUCAGAGGAGUUUGAGUCGGCAGGAGGACGUCCUGUCCACCGUCCAGCUGGAAGUCAAGCAGGUAUCUCGGGGACUUCCUGGUCUGGAGGAGCUGGAGCAGCUCAGAAAGUCUCUGGACGCUGUGAUGCAGGAGGUGUCAGGAGCCGAGGCCCUCAGAGAACACCUGGGAACUCUGGAGGAGAAUCUGAGGCAUCACUCGGGUCUCCUCGACCUCCACGCCUCUCAGCUCAGUCGCAACAAGCAGCGCCUUCGGGAGCUCGAGGCCACGUCCUACGACGGGAAACUGAUCUGGAAGAUCCAGGACUUCAAAAAAAGGAAGGAAGAAGAGGCCAAAGGUCAGCUGCCUUGCCUGAGCAGCAUGCCGUUCCACACCGGACGCUGCGGCUACAAAAUGGCCAUCAAAGCCUAUCUGAACGGGGACGGCGAGGGAAGAGGGACUCACCUCUCCCUUUACGUGGUCCUGAUGCCGGGAGACUUCGACGCCCUGCUGCCGUGGCCAUUCAGACAGACCGUGUCUCUGUCUAUUCUGGAUCAAAGCGGCACCGGUAACCACCGAAGUCUCAGCUUCAGACCCGACCCGACAUCCAAGAGCUACCAGCAACCUGACGCUGAGUCCGUGAGCAACGUCGCUGUCGGGUUUUCGUGCUUCAUUCCUCUGAACAAGCUGGAAACGCCUCAGAAUGCCGUGUACGUCAAAGACGACACGCUGUUUGUCAAAGUGAAGGUGGAUAUGGCAGGUUUAGAGUCCCUGUAAGAUUUCUUCUAACUGAUUUAAAUAAAUACU